AUGGCGAUCUCUGAGCAAGCAACAAUCAAAGAAUAUCAAGUAAACGAUGAAAACUAUACUGAAAGUGAAGGAUCUGACUCGGGUUACGAUUCGGAUUUAGACCCGAGUUACAUCGUUCUUGAAGACACUCACGCCAAGUUUGCGAACCUCUCUGUCAGGAAAAAGACUAAGUCACGAUCCAAUGUUGAUGUUGAUGAAAAUGAAGAAGAAUUUAAAAAGAUUGUCGAAGCUGGGCAGCUGGAGAAACUGAAAGUGGAGCAGUGUAAGAUUUAUUUGAGGAAGGAUGGAUUGAGAUUGACUGGCAAUAAAAGCACUCUUAUUCAGCGCAUAAGGGAGCAUUUAGAGGUUUCAAAUGGUGAAGGGGAGAAAAAGUACCCAAUAUCUAGCUUUGUAUUGAACUGUAAAGGUGAUGCGUGCACAGGCGAUGUUGUCAUGUUUGAGCAGAAUGUUUAUGAAAUGUUCAAUAUAGCAUCGCGUAGUGCAAGUGGUCCUCCAUGUGGUAAAAGGAUUGUUGUAGGCCGCAUUGUUAAAGAAAGCUAUGGAGCAGCCAAGCAGCAACAUACAUUUACGGUAGAGGUCCUCUGGAGCAAAGGGGAGAAGCCACUCUCUCCACUUCAUCCCCUCCUAAUUAAGGGUCGAAACCUUUAUCGGCUAAAGACCCUGAGACAGAGAUGGGAUGAUGAAGGUGAGAGGCAUAGAGUUCUGAUGGAAAAACACUCAAGAGGUUCUCUUGCCAGGUCUGACAGAGAAACACGAAUCCAGGGGAAGGAAAAGAGGAAAAUGCUCAAGGCAAAUAGGAUGUCCAUGAAGAAGGAUGGAAACCGUAUUCAGUCUCACUUGAAUUCAAAAGCAACAGAAAAUGGGGAAUUUCUUUUUCACCAGUCAGAUUUAUCUGUUGAUGCAAAUAAAAUGGCAACUAGAACUCAGCAGCAAGCAAUUAUGCCUCAAGAACCCAGCUUAAUUGUUGAUUCGAGGAAAUCAGUAGCAGCUCAACCUCAGUUGGCUUUCAAGUCCAGAAUUCUGCCUUCAGAUUCUCAAGAACCCAAGAUAAUAAUGCAGAACAAUAAUAAAAAACAACUUCCCCAGAACCCUGUUAGGUAUAGUGGCAUUGUGGAAAUGCAGCACCCUUUGGAUGCCAUCAUCUUUCAUACAGAGAGGACUGAUCACAGACAGCCAUUAUCUUUCAUGCAGCACCCUUUGGAUCCCUUUGGAUGCCCAAUGGAUGCCAUUAUCUUUCAUACAGAGAGGGCUGAUUACAGACAGCCCAACUUUGAUAUGAGUAGCCAUCAACCUCCUACCUAUAAAUAUCCCAAUACAAAUCAGAUGAAUAGCUUAUCAGAGUGGACUAAUCAUAGGCAGCCAUUGAAGAGCAUCAAUCAUUUUCAUCCAAUGGAGCCGCCUCCUAGACUUGGAUGCGGAAAACAACAAAUGUGCAGGUAUUAUGCUCAAGGAAGAUGCCAUUUUGGAGACAACUGCAAAUUUUUGCAUGAAAAGGAGACAAAUCAUAGUUGGCAAGAGAGGUGGCAUUGCUUUUAUUAGAAUUUUGAAAGGCACUUUUGAUGCUUAUGUAAAUGCGUGGAUUGUCUAUAGUCUACACUUGAUUAUUGUCAUUUGAUCAAAUGUUAGGAAGAUAUGUUCAAUGCAGUAAAGUGCAUUGAGAUUUUUGCU